GUGCAGUUUGAUCUGCAUUCCUAUAUGAAACCCAAUAACGCUGCUGCCAAUUGAGCGUCGAUCUUUAGCUAAAGUGCAAGUUUGUGUUUGUAUUCAAUCGUUAUGCUCUUCCAAACUGCUACCAUCUUGGCCGUCGCUGGUCUGGCCCUCGGCCACUCUUAUGAGCCUCCCAAGGAGCACAAGCAUGAGACUGGCUGGGAGACCAGUUACACUGCCACUGGCACCGCUGAAGUCGCUGCUGCUGCUGCUACAGCCAAGACUAGCAGUCCUACUUCCAAGGUGAAGGGCAAGGCAUUUGAUCGCAUUGCCAUCAUUUACUUUGAGAAUGAGAACUACGAGAAGGCUUUCGGUGACCCCAACUUCACCUGGCUCCGCAAGAAGGGUAUCACUCUCGAGAACUACUUUGGAGUGACCCAUCCCUCUGAGCCAAACUACAUGGCCGCCAUUGCGGGAGAUUACUUUGGCAUGCAGAACGACGACUUCAACCGCAACCCGCGCAACGUCUCUACUGUGAUUGAUCUCCUCGAGCACCGCGGUAUCUCCUGGGGUCUGUACCAAGAGGACAUGCCCUACUCUGGCUUCGAGGGCUUCUCCUGGGUGAACCACCAGAACGGCAAGAAUGACUACGUUCGCAAGCAUAACCCCGCUGUUCUCCACGACAGCAUCGCUACCUCUGAGCAGCGCCUUUCUCAGAUCAAGAACCUCUCGCUCGUUGAUACUGAGAAGUCUGUCUUCCACAAGGAUCUCAAAGAGAACAAGCUUCCUCAGUGGAUGUUUAUCACUCCUAACAUGACUUCUGAUGGACACGACACUUCGGUCACUGUUGCUGGUCAGUGGGCUCGUACUUUCCUCGAACCUCUUCUCAAGGACAAGCAUUUCAUGCAAAACACUCUUGUUCUUGUUACAUGGGAUGAGAACGAGACCUACGCUCGUCAAAACCACAUUCUCGGCAUCCUUCUCGGCGACGCAGUCCCCAAGCAUCUCGUUGGAACCAGCGACAACAGCUUCUACAACCACUACUCCGAGAUCGCCACCGUCUCCGCAAACUGGGGUCUCGACACCCUCGGACGCUGGGAUGUCGGCGCCAACGUCUUCAAGGUCGUUGCGCAAAAGACAGGCGACAAGAUCCGAAAGUGGAAGUCUCACAAGCUUGACAGCUACUUCUGGAACGCCUCGUAUGCUGGUCCUUUCAACACUAAUGGUGGAAACAAGGAGUAUGUUGCGCCCAACUUGGAUCUUGAGCAUAGUUUCUCUGGACGCAAGAUCUUUGAGCCUAUUCGCAAGGAGUGGAAGAAGAGCAAGAAUCCUACUUACUACAAGGAUACUAUUGAGGUUAACGAUGGACUUAACCCUCCUAAGGGUUAUGAGCCUGCCAAGUCUACCUAGAUUACUGUAUAGAUACUCGGUGUAAUCAGGACAAUGUAAAUAGCAUCAAUUCUAUGAUAUCAGUCUAGAUAGAAUAAAUAGCCAAUUACACUCAACUUUAACCUCUGAAA